UCUUUGUUCCCAAAUUAAUUUUGCGGUCGUAUUUUUUUAACCAAGUUUCUGUGAAGUUUUGACUACCAGAGUCCGGCUUAAUCUCUCUCUCUCCUCGCGCGUAAUCGCAUGGCAAGCGCUUGUCCGCAAAUUGCAGCAAUUACAACAUCAAAGCUAAAGCAAGGAUCGCUUCUAUGGUUCUAUGGCUUCAAAGAGGCUUGCUUUGUUCAUAGGGUCGUCAUCUUAUGUUCCAGGUCUAGAAGCCUUUUGAUUAGAACUGGACAAUGUUUUCUAUUUAAUGGAUUCAUUUUUUUGGGCAGUGUAUAUAUAUUGAAAUCAUUUCUUGUUCCUGUGCUGCAAUGGAUAUUGCCUGAUCAGUGCCCUCAUAUUAUGUAUGAAGAAGUAUGCAGAUAUGGAGUAGUUUUGGCUCUUUAUUCAACAAUGCGAAAACUUCUGAUACAGCUCAUCUAUCUAGUGUGGUUCUAUCCAUUGUAUGUGUCCAGCAUUAUACUCAGCAAUAUCUGGUACAAUGAUAUAGCUAAGCAUGGGUUUGUUGCUAUGGGGAAAUAUAAGCCUUCAGCAGCACCGAUUACAGGUGAUAAAGAGGCAUCAAUUGCACAAAUUGCUGUUUCAGAUAAAUCUGCUGGUCUUGGAGGGAUCAUGAUUGGAAUAGGAGAACAAGUCUACUCAGUUCUCCUCCUCAGCUUCUUCUUCUUGGAGGUUUUUGCCACUGGUUUUAUACCGUAUGCUGGGAAAGCACUCAAUUUCUUGCUUCUUUCCUGGAUGUAUGCCUAUUACUGUUUUGAGUACAAAUGGAAUCUUUCUGGAGUAACUCUUGACAGGAGGCUGGAUUUCUUUGAAUCCAACUGGGCAUUUUUUGCUGGUUUUGGAAGCCCGUGUGUGCUGGCAAUUUUCUUUAUUCCUCCUCUGGAGAGCUAUGCUGUCAUGGCCACUCUUUUUCCUCUGUUUGUUUUGACAGCAACAGGGUCAGAUGCUGAUAGUCUAGUACUUUCACCAAGGAAGCAGUGGCUAAGUGCAGGACUAGGAAGGGUUCCUAUUUUCUGUGGUGCUGAUACUCUUUCGAUGAAGGUCUUGUCUUUCCUUCCUUUAAAACCACAGGAGCAGAACUACCGAGAGAAGGCACUCUAAGAAAUACCUUAAUAAUUCAUUAUGUCAACAAAGCCUAUGACUAAUGUUCGUUUCUUACUUGAUUAAUUAAAGGAAAAGCCUUGGCUGAGUUGGCUCUAUUUGCUCCUGCUCAUUCAGUUAGUAUGUUUUCUAACUUAGUAUACAUCGUUUGAGGAUAUCUUAUGUAAUUAAUUUUUCUACUUCUUUACCCUUUUUUUAUUAUUAUUAUUUUAUUGUACCUGAAA